GCCGCGCACAGCAGCUCGUCCGUGGGACACCGAGGACUCCGCUCCGCGCUCCGGACGCGCACAUUUGGGGUUUUUACGCACCGCGUCAGUGGCCGGUUUUCAGGGGGAACUUUUCUGAAUCGCGUUUUCAUUCAGAAACUUUCACUUAUGGUUCGCAAAUAUGGGGUCAAGUUGUGGUUUGUGUGGAGGAAACAUCGCAGUGGUUGUGCUUCUACUGCUGCUGCUGGAAGGAGUCUGGACGCUGUACUUCCCUCAGAGCGAGUACACUGAGACGGUCUACGUGGGUCAACCGUCCGGGACCCAGAUCCUUCAGGUCCACGCUCUGCUGGACAGAGACUCAGAGCGGCCUCACUUCUACCUGUGUCCGGUGAGCGCCCACAAACGGCCGCCGUACUUCAGCUGGUUCCACAUGGACAUGAGCACCGGGGUCCUGUCGCUGAAUAAAACCCUGGAGGAGAGCGACUUCGCACAACUCAAUCAGAAGUUGUGGUCGGUGCAGAAACUGGGCCUUCGAGCCAUGGUUUCCCAGAGCCCCCCCUCCGCCUACCCCUGUUACAACAAAAAGUGGGCUCGGAUCGUGUUGGACUUCAUCAACGCCACAGUCCCACAGUGUUCCAACACAAAAAUGGAGGAGCUCUGCUUCCCCCACAGAGACACCUCCAUCCCCCACAUCAUGGAGAACCGGUACCCGGGGGCCUUAAAGCAGCUCCGACGCCUCACCAGAGUCCACGUCUGUCCCAACUACACCAUCAGCUACAACGUGGAAUCAGAAACUCCAGCCCCCUUCGCUGUAAACGAGUCGACGAUGGAGCUGGUGGUCACCGCUCCUCUGGACCGCGAGGAGAGCGAACGGUACCGCCUCCUGCUGGUCUGCAUGGUCCAGAUGGACUCCAUCAUCACCAAGGUGGAGACGCCACUGGAGGUUUUUGUCAACGACGAGGACGAUAACGCACCUUUUAUUAACGGAACAGACACGGCAGACGUCACCAUCAGCUUCAACCGCACUAAGGGCGGCUCCUUCGGCACCUUGUUCGUCUAUGACAGAGACAUAACUCCCAUCUUAAUAGAACACGUUCAUAACAGAUACGCGUCGACGUUACUCAGCACUGAUCCUUGGAUAAACGACACAUUUGAACUGAAAGACACGUUUAGGGAAAAGAAGGCGAUCGGAGGCAUUCGAGAAACCGUCCGAGAUUACCAGCUGGUUCUGAAGAGGAACCUGUUGGUGACUGAGAACCGAACGCUGCAGCUGGACUACCUGGUCAAUGACACCACCUAUCCUGGUCUAAGGGGAACAGUUCAACUGCACUUUAACGUUACCAUCCUGCCCGUCCACAUCCAGUUCGCCAACGUCACCCACAUGUUCACGCUGACUCGCAGAGCUUCUCUUUAUGCACAGGUCGGUAAAGUGUGUGUAGAAAACUGUCUGCAGUUCGACGGUUUCAGCGUCUCGUACCGGCUGGAGCUUCCAGACAGGAACAUGUCGGCCGGUCUCCAGUCCUGUUACGCAGCCAUAAGCGUCGCCCAGGCCCCCGACGAGAUGUGGGGGCUGCUCUACGUCAACGACUCCGAACCCCUGCGCCGCCUCGAGUGCCAGGACCUGCAGUACGUUCUGGUGGCUCAGGAGGAGCGUUCACAGAUGGAGGCCAGCACCCAGAUCCACAUCAUACUGGAGGGGGAAGCGAACAGGGUCAGUCAGGAAAACGAGCAGUUCCUGUCCUGUGCUGGAAACAAACGGCGAGGAGAAUGUGAGUCUGUCCGAGGCCUCGGGGCGACAUCGGGGAAGUGCCAGUGGAGGCAGGGCACAGAAAAAGGAAUUUCUGAAAGUUACUCCACCUGUUCCCCUGACCUGCGGACGUGUCCAGACAGUUUUUGUGAUGCAGUUGAAAGCAAAGACGCCUCCAUAUGUCCCCAAGACUGUACAAAGGUGCCGGUGGUCGGGGGUCAUGAACGAGGACUGAGGAACGGGAUUCAGGCCGGUUACGGGACCUGCUACUGUCUCACCGAGAAAUGCUUCUGUGAGAAAGAAGACACUGAGGAGGUGAUAUGUGAUGACAUGUGUAAGACGAUCAUCGCCACCGCUCUGCUCCUGUCCUUCAUCGUCUCCAUCCUCCUGUCCUCGUACUUCAUCCACCGCUACCACAAGAACUCUCCCAAACCCCCGAUCGCCUCCGCCGAGAUGACCUUCCGCCGUCCGGCUCAGGCGUAUCCCAUCAGCUUCCCCGCCAACAACGUCCGCCGAGGCUCGCAGGAGUCCAUCGAGACCGACACCUUUAAGAUACCCGAGGAUCCUAAGUGGGAGUUUCCUCGUAAAAAUCUGGUUCUUGGCAAGACUUUAGGAGAGGGAGAGUUUGGGAAAGUUGUCAAGGCGACGGCGUUCAGGCUGAAAGGAAAAGCUGGAUACACCACAGUGGCUGUAAAAAUGCUUAAAGAAAACGCCUCACACAGCGAGCUGCGGGAUCUGCUGUCGGAGUUCACGUUGCUGAAGCAGGUCAACCAUCCACACGUCAUAAAGAUGUACGGAGCGUGCAGCCAGGACGGGCCUUUGUAUUUGAUCGUGGAAUACGCCAAGUACGGGUCUCUCCGUAACUUCCUGCGCGAGAGCCGGAAAGUUGGCCCGAGCUACAUGGGCAGGGAUGCCAACCGCAACUCCAGCUACCUGGAGAACCCAGACGACAGGGCGCUGACCAUGGGCGACUUGAUCUCCUUCGCUUGGCAGAUUUCCAGAGGCAUGCAGUACCUGGCAGAAAUGAAGCUUGUUCACAGGGAUCUCGCAGCGAGAAACGUCCUCGUAGCCGAAGGAAGAAAGAUGAAGAUCUCAGACUUUGGCCUCUCCAGAGACGUGUACGAAGAAGAUUCAUACGUAAAGAGAAGCAAGGGUCGUAUUCCUGUUAAAUGGAUGGCAAUCGAGUCGUUAUUCGAUCACAUUUACACGACACAAAGCGACGUGUGGUCGUUUGGUGUGCUGCUCUGGGAAAUAGUGACGUUAGGUGGAAAUCCGUACCCGGGCAUCGCCCCUGAACGCCUCUUUAACCUCCUCAAAACUGGAUACAGGAUGGAGAGACCAGAGAACUGCUCAGAGGAAAUGUAUAACCUCAUGCUUCGAUGCUGGAAACAAGAACCAGACAAGAGGCCGACGUUCUCAGACAUCAGCAAAGAACUGGAAAAGAUGAUGGUGAAAAGUCGGGAUUACCUGGACCUGGCGGCGUCCACACCGGCCGACGCCCUCCUGUACGACGACGCGCUCUCUGAAGAGGACACACCUCUAGUGGACUGUAAUAACGCCCCUCUCCCUCGAACCCUCCCCUCCACAUGGAUUGAAAACAAGCUCUAUGGCAUGUCAUACCCGAACUGGCCUGAGAAGAGCCCGGUACCGCUCAACAGACAUGAUGCCACUAAUCCAGUCUUUACAAGAUAUGCCAAUGAUAGUGUUUAUGCAAACUGGAUGGCUUUGCCUUCACCCCCAAAAGCUGUGGACAAGCUUGAUAGCUAAAGACAAGCCAACAAUGUAGAAAAUCCGAUGUCGAAUUGGUAGAUGUGUAUAUUUCUAUAAGACUGUACAUAUACGAUCUGAUG